CUCGGCCAAUGGGGAAGCGACAUGCUUCCCGGUCGUGCGGCGGAUAGACGAGAGGCGAGCGGGCCGGCUGGAAGCUAACUGCUAACAUCCGUUCAAUUGCAACUUUAGUCUUUAGCGUCCUUUUUUCCGCCGAAGCAAACGAGCGGAAUCGCCUUGGAAAAAUCCAAACCACCCGGCAAUAUUGAGUCCGUCCGGCUAAAGGGCUGAAUUAUCCAACUAUUUGGCCAAAUAAACGCGUGUCCUGCUAGCACAGGCGGCUAGGCGCCAGUCAAUCCUGUUGUGACAACAACGCGGUCGUUCGCUGCAGUUCCGUUAUCCGCUAACGCAUUCAUAGCGCGCUUCAGACUCGACGGGGAAACCAUGGCAGAAUUUCUCGAAGACCCGUCGGUGCUCACGAAAGACAAGCUGAAGAACGAGCUGGCGGCCAACAACGUAGCGCUGCCGAGCGGCGAGCACAAGAAAGAAGUGUACGUGCAGCUCUAUCUGAAGAACUUGACGGCGCGGAACAACAAGAGGAGCCCGCCUGCUGACACCUUCUCCAGCGACGAGGAGCUGCCCGCCCCCGUGGUGCUCUCCAACAAAAGCCGAUCGGGGAGAAAAGCUACCAAAAAGACAGACAAGCCUCGCAUCGAGGUGGAGGUGACGGAGCUCACCGAUGACGACCUCCAACUGCAACUAGCCAAGUAUGGCGUGGACGCAGGACCCAUCGUGGCCUCCUCCCGCAAAUUGUACGAGAAGAAACUGCAGACGCUUCUGGAAGAGCCGGCGACCGAGCCCCCCGCCGACGUCACCGUCCUGCCCAAGGCCGACGCCGACCAGAACGGCAACACCAACUCCGACCAGUACAGCGACAAGGAAGCUGAGGAAAUUAGCAGCACUGAACCAGAGCCGGUCCCCGUCGUGGAGAAGCCCGUGCGCAGCAGAGGGAAAACGCCGGUCGCCGUGCGAGCCGGCAGCAGACGCCAAACCAAGGUGGCGGCGGAGGAGGCGGCGGUGACGGAGGGCACCCCCGUCAAGAGCGGCGAGAGUGUGGUGGAAGAUAUUCUGGCCAAUGAAAUCAGCACACCAACGGGCAUAAGCGCCACCUGCAGGCGUCCCAUCAGAGGAGCGGCGGGCCGACCGCUCAAGCCCAGCGACUACUGGCUGGACGAAUCCCGCGUGCGCCACAGCGUCCACACCGAGAACCGCUCCUACUCGGAGUCCUUCUCCCGGGGGGUCGGCGUCGCCCCUUCCCCCUCCGUCGGCAAAGCCCCAGCGCGGCGCGGCGCCCUCUCCCUCCUGCUCAAGCUCGUCCUCCUCCUGGCGGUGGUCUGCGGCUCGCUCUACUUGACCUACCGGCACCUGGAUACGGCUCACCAAAACAACCUGCGGGUCCUCCUGGGCGCCGUGGUGGCCCCUCUACAGGGCGCCGCAGAGAGCGCCGCCGCCUACCUGGGUCUCGGCGACAAGUGAAAGGUGUAAGGUCCCUCUGUCGCCUUGGCUGCGCCCACCUCUCCUGCCACACUCUACAGAACUGGGAUCAAACCACACUGGCUUCAAACCGCUUUCAACAAAAGCGGCUUCAAACCACAUUCAACAAAAGCGGCUUCAAACUGCUUUGGACAAAAAGCUUCUUCAAACAAAUUUCCACAAACAGUGGCUUCAGACCACUUUUGACAAAAUGUGGUUUCAAACCACAUUCCAGAAAGGUUACUUCAAACCAUAUUUAACAAAACUUGCUUACAACCACUGUGUUAUAAGUGUACGUGUAACCACUUUUAACAGAAGUGGCUUCAAACCACUUAUGGCAAAACUGGCUUCAAGCCAGCCUCGGCAAAAACUGGCUUCAAACCACAUUCGACAAAAGCGGCUUCAGCCCGCUUUCAACGAAAGUUGAUUCCAAACCGCAUUCGACAAAACUGCCUUCAAACCUCUUUCAACAAAAGCGGCUUCAACCCGCUUUCAACGAAAGUUGAUUCCAAACCACAUUCGACAAAACUGCCUUCAAGCCUCUUUCAACAAAAGCAGCUUCAAACAACUUUUUGACAAAACUGUCUUGAAACCACAUUCAACAAAAUUGGCUUCGAGUUCAAACCACUUUUAACAACGGAAUUCAAACCACCCUGAAGAAAAAACUGGCUUCAAACCACUUUCAACCAAACUGGUUUAUCCUCCUGGUCGGACACACGGUCACAUGGGAUGACCGAUUCCAGCUUUUCAGCUGUCACGUGCAGCGCAGCAGGCAGGUGCCGCCGCCAGACGCUGAUUUUAAUGUCUUUUUAUUUUUGAAACCUGUGAAUCGUCGUCUUUGUGUGUAAGUAGAAUCGAUUGGAGACGGCCAGUUUGUCCCCUGCAUGGAUGUAGUUUUUUUUGUUUUGUUUUUUUUGACGGCCAUCUUUGUAGUUUUGUGACUUGCGCAUGAGCGACACGCCGCGGGCGUUCCCGACAGCGAGGUGCCCCGCGUAAAAUGUCCGCCCUCGGCGUAGAGUCGGCUAGCCCGGUGUUUCCUGCGGUCGCACGUUUCCAAGGGAAGUGAAGCGACGGGGUUCUGGAAAGAUUCCAAAUUAGAAACUUCCUUGGGAAUUGAAGGUAAUUUACUGGGAAGGUGUCACGUUCAAGCGUGACUACGCAUUGUUUUGUUAGCUCUCCUUGCCCACAUGUGAGGGCAUUACAGUACAAAUUCCGGUACUGUAAUAAAAUAAGGAAAAAUCUCAAUAUUCAUUAAAUAUGACCAUUUUAAAAUGUUGGUACAGAUUUGAGCAAGAAUCGUGGAUGUGCAUGAUUUGCUUUCACGCGGGCCACAUGAAAUGAUGUGGCAGGCCAGACGAACCCCCGGGCCUUGAGUUUGACACCUGUGGUCUCGAUGGCUUAUAAAGGGGAGCGAAAGGAGCCAUUUUUGUACUUUGCUACGACUUCUUGUUUUGAAUUCCUUCUCAAACUUUCUGGCGUAUUGUGUAAAACGGGUUCAACAGAGGGCAAGACAUAUUCCUUUUUUAACAAUAAUAAUAACAAGCCUCCCGGUCUGCUCAGCGACACUGUGACGAGUUGCGGCAACGUCGGCGUAACCCGUCAAAAGUCAGAUUGAAAGCAAGCAACGCAGCACCCUUUGGCGACACUUUCUUUGGCCCCGCAGUCACCGUCAAACUGUUUUGUGCUACAUACGCCACCAUGUAGCCCGAGAAAGUUAGACAGGACGUGUUAUACGCCGAGGUUGCCUGAGUGUUGUCGAGCAGACCGGGAGGCUUAUUGCCUCGAGGGGGGUUAUAAAAGCUCGCAUUGUGAAAUGCGCCUUGCCGUCUGUCAAACCGUUUGUACACAACUUGCAAAAUGCUUCGGAUAAAUGCUCAUCGACUCUGGAGAAAAAAAUGGCUGCGUUUUUUUUUUUUUGUUUGUUCAAAAACCAAGCAGAUAUGCAAAAACUGGGACAACAUUCUUACGGGGGGAAAAAAAAUGUUUGAAACCGAAUUGUAUAGAAACUAGGACGUAUGACGAUAGGUUCCAGUGUAUGGAAGAGCAUUUAAUAGUUCUGCUUGUCACCAUAUGGCGGAUAGAUACAUUAUUUGUAGUAAGUAAAUAAUUUGCGGCCCGAUGAAUGAAGGGAAAGGGGAAUAUUUCCGGCGGCACAUCUGAUGAUCUUCCGAUCACGAAUCACUGGGCUGGCGUGACUCGUCGUCUCCACGGUGCUGGCGGAAAUUGGGCUCCAACUCUGCCAUCUGUCGGACUGGCGCUUUUGUGGCCAUUCUUAUCCAUUUGCGCCUGAUGGUGUGUCCUUUUGUUUUUGUCCCCCCCCCCCCCCCACCCCUGAGUUUACAUUCUUUGGGUUUUAGUGCUGUUUUGUGCUUUUUGUUCGUUUUGAAUUAGAUUUCCGACCCUUCAUUUCCUCCCGCAUAGCUCGUCACCUCACUGCCGGCAUGUGCCACCAGGACGUCGUCACAAAAUCCGUCUCGGAGACUUUAAUCCAUCAUCACGACCCGACGACGACGACGUCAGGCUGAGCAAAUUGACCCGUUUCAAAACUCCAGCCAAGAUGAAGGAAUAUUGACUCAUAACCCAUUUUGAUAUUUUUCUAAAAGUGGUGCGUUCAAAACUUUUUUUCCUAGCACCCUUGAAGGUAACGCUGAAAAAGCAACAUGGAAGACUCGCACGAGUGAGUCCGUAUUUAUCUUAUUGAUUUGACUUUUGACGGUCUUAGAAAGCAAUUUCAUCUCCAGGCAGCUUCCCCACAAUGGACACAAAUGUUAGUUAUGUGGGUAUGGAUUUUUAAUCGUAUUUAUGAUCAAGUAGACAAUGUAUCAUAAAAUAAAUGUCAUCCUUAGAACACA